AGGAGCAGGUCUUCAAAGUCUCCUCCUUGAACUUUGUGUUGCUCACUCUCACCUUUAUUCUUUCUGUGUGAACGGUCAACAGCAACAAGGUGGCUGCAGAUAACGUGCGAUUGUCGGGUCUAGGAGAAGCCUGGGAUCUGGAUCCGGCCCUUGAUUUCCACGAUUCGGAUGACGAAACGUCUAUGAAUCGUCCUGUCAUGCAUCGACCCGCUGAAGCACGUUCUCAACAACCACUGCUCAAGGAUGAGCGCCGGGGACGACUGUCGACUGCCAGUCUCGGCAAUGGUGACGCAGAAGGCAGGCCUAUGCUUCACCAUUCACGACGACCUACAAUACGCGGCAGUAGUCCGGAGCACAGCGCGGAGCAGGCAACGCGCCAUAAAUAUCUGAUUGCAUCUGGGUUUCUGCUUCUCAGCCUGGCUAGUUUUGUUGUUCAGACGGAAACCGCGGUAUACAUUCAGCAUGAGCUACACUGGGAUAAACCGUACUGUAUGCUGUAUCUCACACAUGGUUCCUGGGCACUACUGUGGCCGUUCCAGCUCCUCAUCCUUCGCUCACAAAAACGUAAACUUUCCUGGGCGGCCUUCUGGCGGCGUCAUGUAUAUAUCCUUCGAACGACAGCAAAAAUGGUGGAGACCCAGGAUGUACAUCUCACAUCCCGCAACUCCCAGCAAUCACCCGUUCCGUACAUGCUCAAAACAACGGCUUUUGUCACCACCGCUCUCACGAUUGCUGGAGGUUCCUGGUACGUUGCGGUAAACAUGACCACUCCGAGUGAUUUGACCGCCAUCUACAACUGCUCCGCAUUCUUCGCAUAUGCCUUCUCUAUCCCCCUGCUCAAUGACAAAUUGCGGGCCGACAAGAUAAUCGCAGUCGUGGUGGCUAUCGUUGGAGUUCUCGUGGUGGCCUACGGGGAUCGAGACGAUGGCAAAAAGGGUAAAGCUCAUGAUGAAGCCGAAAACCGAUUGCUAGGCAAUAUCAUUAUAGGCGUCGGCAGCGUUCUGUACGGACUCUAUGAGGUCUUAUACAAGAGAUUUGCUUGUCCCCCGGAGGGCACCAGCGCCGGACGCAGCAUGAUUUUUGCAAACACUGUUGGGAGCCUUAUUGGAUGCUUUACACUCCUUGUGCUGUGGAUUCCCUUGCCAUUCCUUCACUGGACCGGGCUGGAAACGUUCCGCUGGCCGACCGGAGAAGCAGCGUGGAUGCUUAUGAUCUCUGUCCUUGCCAAUGCCACAUUCUCCGGAUCCUUCCUCGUCCUCAUCUCCCUCACCUCGCCUGUACUCUCUUCUGUAGCCGCCUUGCUCACCAUCUUCCUCGUGGCGAUUGUCGACUGGCUUCGCACCGGUCAACCUCUGUCCCUGGCGUCAAUCGCCGGCGGUAUCCUCAUCAUUGUGGCCUUCUUCCUCCUCAGCUGGAGCACCUACCGCGAAAAGAACGAGGAGCGCAAAAAGGUCUACGCCAAUGAGCAAACCGAGUCCGACUCCGAUGAGUAAAGAUACCUUCAAGAUGUUGCUCGUCUUCCUGAUCAUCACCCAGGCGACGGCUGCCCUCUCAAAGUCUCAUUCCGCAUUCAUAUAUAUAUCAUCAAUCUACUUGCCUUCCGCUGGCAGAGACAGGCUACUGGUUCUACUAAUCUAUUUCCCACUAUCUUGGCUUUUCUUUUCGACCUACAUAGUG